AUCGGACUAGAAAACGAUCCGGGUUUUAGGUUCCGAGUGUGGGUUCCGGAUAUUUCACUCUUCUGUUCGUCUUCAUCGGCAUUCAUUUGCAUAUGUAUGAUCUUGUCCCAGUUGUAUGGACGUAAAUGAUGAUGAUAAUACCUGGUGGGAUUGAUCCAGGUCCGCAUAUAAUUGUAUGGAUCUCUUCCUCGGAUGGCUACUCACUGAAUGAUAGUCUGGCCCCUCACCCAUUGCCACCUGGUAAAUUCAACUUUUCAUUUUUUUAAUAAUCACUCACCACCCAAAAAACGCGAAGCAACUUGUGUAGUACAGAAUUCAUAUUAUUGUUUUUCAUUGAUGCUGUCAUUGUCCCUCAUUUUCUAUCUGCAAAGGAGUGGUUCAUAUUGAACCAAUAUCACUUCUUUUCUUCGUUUAUACACUUUCCUUCCUUUAUUUCUAAUAACGUAAAAUCAUCUCAUUAGCAGUGUGCCGGAAAAAAACCUAAACAAAUAGUGUUUUGGAGCAAAAAUUUUCCUGUAAAUUCAGUGUAAUUUUGUACAAUAUUUUGUCUACAUUUACAUAAAUUUAAAUUUAAGCUCAAAUUGUGACCUCUCAAACAAUGGGUAAGGGCACUAGUGGAUCAAAAUUUUCUGGGUUUCAAUUUCUUCAAUAGAUUCUUCUUGUAUAUUUGUAUUCUCAGAUGGAAAGCCACAUAGUUUGGCCUUUUCCCGUCUUUUGAUAUUUAAAAGGAGGAUUGAAGUAGGUGAAGAGAAUCAAAGGGGCCUGUUUAGUGUUUACUCCUUAGAGUCUGUAUUCCUCCAAGUUCUCCCAUGGAUGAACGCUCACACUCACCCCAUGACCCUCUCCUUUCCAAAGGAGGUGUCGAUUGUUUUUCUUCGGCCAAGAGGAAGACACCCUUCAUUUUGAAAUGGGUUCUUAGAGUUACAAUGUGGGUUGUUUUCAUUGCCUGGGCUGCUUUUCUCUUUCUGUAUCCAGCAGAGUUUGUCAAUUCCCUCUUUGAGAAAUGGAUUGGAGCCACCAGCGGGACUGUGUUUGGAAUCACAGGAAGUUUGUUUCUGCUUUUUAGCGGCCCAAUUCUCAUUAUUGCAUUUCUUGCUAUAAUACAUCUUAUCGUAUCUGGGGAAGAGGAACUACAAGAGAGGAAGCCUCCAAAAUCCCCAUGUUUUCGGUUGUGGACAUUCCCCGUUCUUGUCGAUGGACCAUUUGGGGUUGUUUCUGCUGCUGAGUUCUUUGGGAUACUGCUCUUCUUUGCUUAUGUUAUCUGGGCUGUUGCUGCUUAUACUGUGCGAAACUACAACCUUUUGUCCAAGUACCAAUUGCCAGCCAAAAUUGAAUGUUCUUUGAUGCUGGAACUGUCAGGACUGCGCUUUGGUUUGAUUGGCUUAUUUUGCUUGGCAUUUUUAUUUCUCCCAAUUGCAAGGGGCUCAGUUCUUCUCCGCCUUAUCGAUGUCCCAUUUGAGCAUGCUACCAAAUAUCACGUGUGGUUGGGACAUCUCACAAUGGUGAUAUUUACUCUUCACGGAUUGUUGUACAUAAUUGCAUGGGCAAUGGAGGGCCAUCUCAUACAUGAAAUACUGGAGUGGAAAGAUAUUGGUGUUGCAAAUCUUGCAGGAGUCAUAAGCCUUUUAGCUGGUUUAUUUAUGUGGGUGACAUCACUUCCUCCAGUUAGGAAGCAAAAUUUUGAGUUGUUCUUUUACACCCAUCAACUCUACAUAGUUUUUGUAGUAUUUUUGGCUUUGCAUGUUGGUGACUUUAUAUUUAGUAUGGCUGCUGGAGGAAUAUUCCUGUUCAUACUGGAUCGCUUCCUAAGAUUCUGUCAAUCACGGAGGACUGUAGACAUUAUUUCAACCACAUGCCUUCCGGGUGGAACAGUGGAGUUUGUUCUUUCAAAACCUAGAAAUAUGCGGUAUAAUGCUCUGAGUUUUAUCUUCCUUCAAAUUCGGGAAUUAUCUUGGCUGCAGUGGCAUCCAUUCAGUGUUUCAUCUAGUCCUCUAGAUGGUAAAUUUCAUCUUUCAGUUCUCAUAAAGGUUCUUGGGAAGUGGACAGAAGAGUUAAGGAGACACAUACAUAUGGAGGGGGCACCUCAAACAGAUCUACCCUUUCAACCUCGAUCUAAGAUUACAGCUUCUGUAGAGGGACCUUAUGGACAUGAAUCACCAUAUCAUUUGAUGUAUGAAAACCUUAUUCUGGUAGCUGGUGGUAUUGGAAUUUCUCCAUUCCUGGCAAUAUUAAGGGAUAUUUUCCACCGGAUCAGGGAGGGGAAGCCUUGUCUACCAAGAAAUAUCUUAAUUGUUUGGGCUGUGAAAAGAUCCAAUGAGCUUCCUCUUCUAUCGAUGGAUGACAUGGAAUCAAUCUGUCCAUUUUACUCUCAAACAAUGAAUCUUGAAACUCAAAUUUAUGUUACUCGGGAAGUACAACCUCCAUUGGAAGAGGGUCAAAAUCAGAAGAAUAUAAAUUCUUCCAUCUUCCCCGUCUCCAGUAGAUGUGGCAUGUCUCCUUUGGUUGGUACAGGAGAUAAUAUAUGGUCUGGAAUUUAUAUCGUUUCAUCUACAGUUGGCUUUAUUAUCUUGCUUGCUUUGUUGGAUAUCUAUUAUAUAAACCCUUUCGGCAUAAAUACUUGGUGGUACAAAGGGCUUCUAUUCGUCGUUUGCAUGGUUGCAAGCGUUCUCAUCUUUGGGGGUCUUGUGGUGAGUUUGUGGAAUUUCUGGGAAGGAAAAAUUUCAGCAAGGGAUGAAUCUGAGGAUAACAGUAAACAAACUGAAGCUAUACAGCAUGAUGAGACUUUGGCUAACAAGGUUCCGCACCAAGAAAAUUUUGCUAGUUCAAGGACCAUAGCCUAUGGCGGCAGACCAGACUUCACAGAGAUUUUUGGAUCAAUAGCAAAGCAGUGGGGCUAUGUUGAUAUUGGUGUGAUGGUGUGUGGUCCUCCAACGCUUCAAACAAGUGUCGCAAAAGAGUGCAGGUCACAGAAUUUAAACAGAAGGCGCAACGACCCAAUCUUUCAUUUCAACAGCCAUAGUUUUGAUUUGUAACAAAAAAUUACUACCCUCUACUUAAUAGAUCAAUGGGCAAGAACAAUCCCAAAAUGGAUUGCAAAACAAACACUGGCUGUGUGUGAGUGUUUGUGUAUGUCCGUGUAUAUGUAUAUAUGGGGUUUCCCCGUUUUUUUUUUUGGGAGGGGGGGGGGGGGGGUGGUGGGGGUGAGGAAGGAGUGCUUGUUCCUCUUACAGUGCUGUUAUUUUGAUGUUCUACUGGUCCGAAAUAAAGGAACUUAUCUCUAUUAAUAUAGCUUCUGUUUCAGAUUUUUAA